UAUCGAUUCCCCAAACACUUUGCCUCCCCUGCACUGCACAUUCUUCUUUUCCUUUCUUUCUUCUUCUUCUUCUUCUUCUGCAAAUCUCAGAGCAGUGGAAGAAGUGGGCGGGGAGGGAGGGAGAGAACAGUGCUAAAUUAAAAAGUAAUACAUAUUACAUGCAGGAGAGCAGGUGGGAGAGAAAGGAGAAAGAUGUCCAGCAAGUCUCCGAUAUGUCCGAUGCCAGAGCCUCAGCAUUUUAGCGACUACGGCUUCGAACCUCAAAUCGACUAUUUUCAGGUGUUAGAAGAAGCUAGAAAGUACAAACGAGAUACUUUGAGAUCCGUAGAUGCUCUGCAUUUCAAACUACAGAAGCCCAUCUCGAAAGAAGAGUCAAAUAAGAGCAAUAAGAAGAAGAAGAAGAAAUGGUGGAAAAAUGCUCUUCUUUUCUGGAGGUGGAAAUGGUUCGACGAUGCAGGACUGGAUGAUGGUGAAGAUGGAGUCUACCCCAGGAGCCGGGUUUGCAGGGGAGCUGUAUCUGGACCUGUGUACAUAACAGAGAACAGAAGUGGUUGGAGCACGCCCUCCAGAACGAGCUGCCGUCCGGCGUCAGGGCCUCUCGCGGGGACACUAACACCGACACGUAAUGGAGAAGUGGAGAUACCUUAUCUCAGCCUGAGAGAGCUUAAUAUAGAGCAGCAACAAUACCAUCGAAUCCCAAUAUCGCCCAUGCCUAUCUACUUGGUUACUUGAGAUUUAACUGUAACUGAUAAAUGUUUCUGGUUGUUUCCACUUGUGUAAAUGCUUUUGAAUGUGUUUGAUGGUUUGAUGUUCGGAGUUCGGAAUGAGGAGCUAGGAGGUGGGCGGGUUUACAGUUUACUCCGGUGACUGUGGCUCAACUCGUGGUUUGACUCGGCUGACCUAUCUUA